UUUUAUUUUAUUUUUUAUUUUUUAUUUUUUUUAUUUUUUAUUUUUUUUUAUUUUUUAUUUUUAUUUUAUUUUUUAUUAUUUUUUAUCGUUUUUCAGCGUGUUUGAUUGACAGGUUUUUUUUCCUCUUCCUCCUGUUGUUGUCUUGUUGCUCCUGUGCUCCCCUGUGCAAGCAAACCCGAUUGUGCUCACACCGCUGUCCACACGCUCUCGCUCUCCGCCCGCUCGCUCGCUCCCUCCGCUCGAGUCAGGCCAAAGCGCACGAUUGUUUCGCACCCUCCACUACCCACCGCGGCUGCCCUUUGAUCCGCGCUCCUGGAUCCCAUCGACGUCAAAAGGCGUGAAAAAAAAUCCCAACAACAAAAAAUCCAGAAAAAAAAAAAAAAAACACUCGAAACAAUCGCAUCCCAUGUUUGCGUCGUCCUCUCAAGCACCCUUCUACCCGGCCAGUCAAGAUGGCGGGCACAUGCAGAAUGCGGCCUACUUUGGCCAGGCUGGCGGCUCCAUGCACUUGGCGGGCCCGCAGCAGCUGGUUUAUGGCAAUGGCGGCUCUGGCACAUCCUCCCCUGUCAGCCAUCGAUCCGCCGUGCGCUUUACCGCUGCUGCAGGUGCUGCUCCUGGUGCUGCUGCCAAUGCUGGUGCUACUGCUGGUGCACCAUCAACCUCGCGAGUCGUGGCAACACACGCCCCAAGUGCCCCCGUCACUCCAAACGCAGGCCCGUUGUCGAUUGUGACGAGCGGUGGCAUUUUCUACCCGAGUGCAGUUCCGCCCACCAUGCGUGCAAGCGCUGUGGGCUAUGGCGUCUCAGCACCUGUCAGCCCAAUCAGCUCUCCCGCCGGCGAGACGGAGGAGACAACCCGCUCCCGCAAGAGCUCGAAUGUGCUGUACAAGACCGAGCUGUGCCAUUCGUUCGAGAAUAGCAAACUCUGCAAGUACAAGGACAAGUGCCAGUUUGCACAUGGCCGGCACGAGCUGCGUCACAUUCUGCGCCACCCAAAGUACAAGACCAACGUCUGCCGCACGUUCCAAGCAACCGGCACGUGUCCGUAUGGCAAUCGCUGCCACUUCCUGCACUCCAACGAGAGCAGCACACCCGGCGAAGGCGCUGCCAACUAUUCGCAGAGCAUGCCUUCCACGCCGUUGCCUUCGGCCGUGUCGGCCGGGCUCCGUGGCGGUGAAGCGCACCCGUCUGGCCAUGACUUGACGGGCGACUUGCUGAUCGAGUCGCUUCGUGCCAACCCGCACCUGUUUGGCCACUCUGCCGGCCAGCUCCACCUUCGCCACGGCGGAGCCCAGGCCACUUCUCGCGGACAGGCCCACCAGCCGCCCUAUGCACACUACCAGGGAGGUUUGCCGUCGAUGGAGUCGCAAGCGCUUGCCGCACAGCAGGCAUUGUUCGAGCAGCAGGCUUUGCUCGAGCAGCUCCAAACGCUAACCCUCGGUCCCGUUCCGCGACACGGUUUGGGCCAGCACCACCAUGUUCCUGUGCAGCACUCCCCGCUCACGAUUGCACAGCACCAAGCGAUGGUGCACAUGCAGGGAGGCCCGCUGUCAGGUCCCGGUGGCUACCCGCAUUCUUCCUCCGAUGAUGGUCGUGCAUUCGACGCUGCUACUGCUGCUGUCUGGCAACAUGCCAGCUCGCCUCCCUCUCAGCACACCGCUGGCAGCCUUUCGUCGUCCACAACCACGUCCGUCAAGGGCAAUGCAUUCAAUGCCGUUGCCGGCAAGCUUGAUCACGACAGCUCUGGUGCCUUCUUGCCGCGCGCUGCGCCUUCGACGUCCUCGGCGACCUCUGGCACUGUGCUUCGAGGAGUGGUUGGAGCUGACGAUGCAGCUGCAUGGGCAGACUAUGCGACGUACCCUCAGUUUGGCCUGUCUCGAGAAGAGACAGCCUUGUCGGCGGCUGUUGGCUCUCCACCCAAGGGCUCUGCUGCUCAAGACGGGUUGUACACUUCCCGCGGGUCGUCGUCGGCUCAAGAUCAGCCCACUCUGCCAGCCGUGUAUCGACAGCGUGCACCCAGCGGUCCUGAAUCGCCUGGGGACCGUGCCAAGGACUCAUCCCCAAACCGCGCUGAAUCUGCCGCUACCCGGCCCGCGACUGCCUCCUGGUCUCUCUCUGCCAAUCCCCAGCUGAUUCCCACGACCAGUAGCGAGGACGAAGCUUUUGACUUGUUUUCUGAUUCGCACUGGUUCAACUGAUGUGGCCUUUUGUCUUGUUGACAUCCCAAAAUGGCCGUUCGCUGCAUCCAAUGACAAGUCCGAUUGUCCAUUCCCUUCAUUCAGUUUUUUUUUUUGCUGGAUGUCUCUCGUGUCUUAUUUGAAGUUUUUGUACCAAGGUUGUUCUUCCCGUACUGUGUUUGUUUUUAAUCUUAUGGGUUGCGCGGCUGCCGCCUUCUUCUGUUGCCUGCCUGCUUGUUUUUUGUUUUUUAUUUGGUUGUGAUGCUGCUCGUUGUACUGGGCUUCGAUAUUGGCGCUUUCUUGUGUUUGCCGUGUUGUUGAUUGUCUGCGUAAUCCCCACUUGCAUGAUCCACCCAGAAAAAAAAAUGCCAACUUCAAUCAACAGAAUGUUUCAA